GAAAGACAAUACGUUUUAGUUUCAGUUGUCGUUUAUUAUUAUUGUUAUUAUUAUUAUUAUUAUCGUUACUAUUAUGAGUACUGUUGUCAUCAUUCUACUCCACAUCAGUAAAUGAAAUCAUCCAUUCAGUUAUUCGCUAUAAGAGACUUUAGUGUUGGGAUUAUGAUCUAUCACCGUGAUGCAUGUACGGUGAUAAAUGCGCAUGCAUGUAGGUGAUUUUCAAUUCCUUUAAUACACACAAGCAACAUUAUUGUAUUUAGUGCUUAUCUAUUAAGUGCUAGAAAUCUAAUUUUUUUCAUAUACAUUGUCAAAAUGAAACUAACUAUCAGAAUAUUUAUGGAAUUAAUUACUUAACAAUAAAAAGAGCAAUGUCUAACUAUCCUGUUUAUCACCCGCUACUGCCUAAUCAAUCAGAAUGGGAUCCUGCUAGUGAAGUGGAACGUAUUAUGUGUGGAACUAGCCAACAAGAGUACCCUGUGAUUACGAGUGGGUUACACACUCUACCUCGUCAUUACCAAUUACGUGAAACAAAUCCAAUUACAUUUAGAUAUCAAGCUAUGAAUGGCGGUGAGUGUAGUACAAUAAACAGAUAUGAUAAAAACAUUCAACAUAUCAACAAAAUGUAUCCAUGGGGAUCUCCAACAACAAGUAUCAGACAAUUUACAACAACAUUUCAUCCGUCUUAUCAAACUUCUGUAGGUUAUGAUCCAUCUGUACUAUUUUCAUCGUCACCUUCCUCGUCAGUUUGCUCUGAUGAACAACUGUAUUAUCGACAACAACGAUUAGUAAAGCCUGUAAAUCAAGCAAGGUACGUAUUGAGUACUAACAAAACAUUCUCUACUUCUAUCGCUACUAAUAGUACUACUACUACUGUUGCUUAUCCACAUAAUAGGAAUACAGUGAAUAAUAAUAUUAUGUAUGAUACAUUACAACUAACUGGACGUGUUAAUCAACUCCCUGUUCAACAAGCACCAAUAAAUAAUCUAAAUACUACAACACGCUUACAAUAUCCAUCAGCUUUAGUACGAACAAUUGUUAGAAUGGAAUCGUCGGGAUCUCAACAACCACAACCACAACAACAAUCAGCUGAUGUACCACCGGCUUUACCAUUAAGAGCUCAACGUUCUACAAAUCAAAAGGUAACAGUACCUAAUAAACCACGUCAAUUAAUUCCUAUCCCAUUUGAAGAUCGUGUACAUUUAGAUCCAAAUAUGGUAUUGUAUAAACCUAAUGCUGGAAUUAAUAGUCAUAAUAAUCUUGACGACAACCUAUCACAAUCAAUAUCAGUUCAAUUAAAUCAUAAAAGAAAUACAUUUGAUUUAGAAAGUCAUUUAGACUGUUCAUGUGAUUAUGUACGAGGUGAAGCUGGCCUGUGGCCAGCUGAUGUAUGGUUUGAACGUAAUUUUCAUACGGUUGAUAAAUGUACGUGUCCACAUGAAGAAGUACAUCGAUUUUUUGAUAAUGCACCUUCAAAAUGGAAAUUAGCCGAUACUAUUGCCAUGCUACCAAUAAGAGAAACUGAUAUUUUGGACGAUUUAAUUGAUAGUACAAGCGAUGAAGAUGAGUCAUUGCAUCGUUCAUUACCAUCAGUUAUAAUGGAGUCACCAACAGACACAACUUAUAAAACACAAAUUGUAACAACAAAUUAUAAUGAUUUAGAUGUGACGUCCACACCACCAUUCAGCAUUCCGAUGUCGACUAAUUAUGUACAGUCGGAUAUGCAAAAAGAUAAUUCAACCUAUCGGACUAGUGUCACAUGUCAUCAUCUUGUUACAAAUAACAGUAGUAGUAAUAUUUCUUGUGAUGAAGAUGACUUGGUCCCUCUGGGUGAACUAUUGUCGUCAAAUACAAACUUACUAAGAACAAUUUCAAAUUUGGACAGACCAGAAUUUUCUAUCGAUGAGACCACAGUGAGAUUGACACCUGCAUCAUCAAGAAAACAAAGCUUACUCUGUCUUAAGGAGAAUGAAGACGAGAGAAAUACAAAUAUCUCUAGGAAAAACAGUUCUCAAUUUAUGGAGCAAAGAGAAUAUAUUCCUGGUGUAACGAAAGGGAUUGUUUCAACUGUUGCAAUACCGAGUGUACCUAGUGAUACACGUUGUUUAGAUGUUGUUACCACUAAUGCUAUUCGACGUGAAUCACCACCUGGAGAAACAUCUUCACAGUUGAGGAUGACACAGAUCACUGGACGUAAAGACAAUAUCUAUAAAAAUCGUGCGAAAUCAAUAUACCAUGAGUCUGGAGAUAACCAAUUGACAGGAAAAAGUUAUAUUAACACAGAAAGCACACAUACAGGGAACGUGUUAAUACCAAAUAAUUUAACCGAUGCUGGUCGAAACGAUAUGGGAAAAAGCAUCCAAGAUAUGAUUGGUGAGGAUAAAGCGGGACAACAAAAAGAGGAACGAAAACAGUCUCUGUCUCCAUCCGUUCACCGAUUUCUGGAACCAGAUGGUUGUGUCUAUACAGAAGAUAAAGAGAAUGCAUUUCAGACAUUUCAGAUCGAUAGUGUUGCAGAAGCCCUAGAUCGAUUACACCAGGAUAUGAGAAGUGCUAUAGAAGGUAAAUUAGUGGAAAAUUCAUCCUCAUCUACAGUGAACAAAGAAGAAUCAUUAACAAUUAGCCCUAAAACUGAUUCAUGCUCAAAGCUGUUAGAUAGGCAAAAUAAGCAUCUAUACACUAAAUAUGACUGGACAGAUGAGGAUAAGGAAUUCAGCCAAAAUAAAGAAAAUCAUUUAAUUCCUGACAGUGAAUUAAUGAGAGAAGACAACCAUACAGAACAUGAUCAAGAGAUUGAUGUGGAUCAUUACUUUCUUCAGCCUAGAAGAUCCACUUUAAAACUGGAUGACAAUGAUUUAUCAGCGAUACGCUAUACAGCUUCUCAUAAUUCCACCGGCAAUAGUUAUAUUGGUCAUGUUCCUUCUGAUAAUCGGGAGUAUAAUGACAAAUCUCAAAAUGUUAGUGAUAAUGAUGAAGAGAACGAUGUGGGGGUACAUUAUUAUGAAGAUGAUCGUAAUUCAAUGGUGGAGGAAAAUGAAGAACUAGAUCAAAGUAUGGAAUAUAAAUUCAACGACGAAUUGACCGAUCCUAGUUUAUCGCAAAAGUCUGGACAGACUAUUAGAUUGAAUAAAUAUGGAAGAGCUAAGGAACGAUGGAGUCUUCUUCGUACACAUGUUGGGAAGGUUGGCAGGCAGGUGAGUGAUGUUUGAAUAAUUACACAUUUCAUUUAAGCCUAUCAUGGGAGUAAUAAUUCAUGUUCAUCGGAUUGUCUGGUAUAUGACUAAUACUUGAAUGACCAAAUAUAUGUUAUCUAAAAAUCAAUUAUCAACACUGACUUAUGUCAGAGAGAAAAUCGUUGAAGUAGAUGGAAGAGAAGCGUUAGCUGAUUGCUACAUACUGUUCUCGAAAUUAUUAAAUGUAUAUAUUCAAGAAACAGUUACGAAAUCAAACUUAAAUAGUCAGGUAUUAUGACAGAUACAAUCUCAUUCGAUCAAUUCUAGUUGGUUUGGAAUGAAGUGGGAAUAUUAACUAGUGUUAUCAUAAUAGAGUCUCCAUUCACUUCUAACGUAAUAAUGGAAAAAAAAACAAGUUGGUUGAUGAGUUAGUGAGUACUCAUCAACAACGGUUACUGUGACAUGUAUCAUGUACGCUCAACCACUACAUGACUUGCCGUACAAUGUUGGGUGGUAUAUAAAUGAGUUAUUAUAAAGUUAAAGGUGGCUAAAGCAAGACAUAGGAUCAGCAUAUGAGGUUACUGACAUUUGAACUGAGCUGUGUUGAUAGAUGCCGAUUAUCGUAAAGUAUGGUUGAAGACGUUGAAUGAAAUAGGUUGUCUAACCAAAAAUUGUCUAUAAUCUUACAAAAAUCUAUAAUCUAUAAUUGUAAUUAUAAGCCCUCUAUAAAUAUGACUAUGAUUCGCCAUAUUAUUUAGAUUCAACUUGGUUGAGCAGUUAUCAUUGUCAUUUUCGACUAUGUCGUCUGUGUUUAUUUCAUUUAAAAUAUUUUUUUGUGUGUUAUCUCAUGAGUAUUUUAGUGUCAUUGUCUGUGGUCGACAGAUUACUUGUAACCAUUUGACAGUUUGAAAAUUAUUAAAACUAACAUUCACUAGGCAUUAUUUUACUGGCACUGUUUUCAUCAAAGCAUACAGCACUGAAUCUAGCUAUACAAGUUUAAUCUCUGACUUUUUUUAUAAUGGCAUAAUAAUAAAAUAAAAUAAGAACUGAAAAAAAGAGUAAAAUGAUUGCAUUUUUAAUACUUCGCUUUAUAUAC